AUGGAAUCAACGGUAACCGAUGUGGAAAACGUUGAUACGAAUUCCUUUACAGAUGCCGAGACCGGGAGCCAAGAGCCCCGACCCCCGCUCCCUGACACAGCAAACGGGGCGAAGGAGAAUCUGUCACUGACAGAAGACGACAAACAUCAUGGAGUUGGGGAGGAAGGCGGCGAAGAGCUGGAUAAAGAUGAAAGGGGGGACAAGGAGGUGAGCGCCAGUGAGGAAGGGGGUCACGAGAAAGAAGGUACUCAGCUUCUAGACACUAGGGAGGAAGGUGAUUAUGAGGAAGCACCUGGAACAGACGAGGAGAAAACCGGAGAAGAAGCUGUUAAGGAGAUGGUUGCAGUGACCGGGGCAAAUACCAGAUCACAGGAGCAAGCAGAGGAAGACAACACCCAACCCCCAGUCUCUGAUCAUCAGACUCAGCCUACAGAGACCAGUGACCCCUCAAAGAUGACUGAAAACAUGUCUGACACUGGAAUAUCGGAAAUGGAUGGGGCUGUCACUGUGUCCCCCGAGGUAGACGACACGGAGGAUAAAGAAGACCAAACCAAGAGCGUGUCUCAAGACGAAGGAGAUGGCAGAGAUGACGAGGAUAUAAAGCCAGAGGAUGGGGAAUCUGAGGAAAGCGAUACUGAGGAUGAAAUGAAAGAAAUCCUAAUUCAGCAGUACCAAGCUCUGGUUUUGGAGCGUGAGAAGGUCCAACAACAAAAUACACAACUUCAGCACAAGCUCUAUGAAUACUUUCGCCGUAAAAAGGGUGAAGACACGCGACCUGAAGGCGACAAGCAUGUCCCGGACCAAGAGCAGCGCUACGUGAAGUAUCUGUCCACCUUGGAGGAGGUGAGGAAGAAAUUCAUGUUAGACGCUGACUGCCAUCAGCAGGAAAUUAACCAGCUCCGGGCCGAGUGCGAGGACGUUGUUAACCGUGUUGACAUGGAGUGGGCCGCUUUCCAGGAACACAAAAAAAAGAUAACCCUUUAUGGCCACCAUGGUGUUGGGAAACGCGUAUCUCCUGUGUUGGUUCAGGAGAUCGAGCAGCUGCAGGCUAGGGAAGAACGCAAGGAGAAGGAGGUCAUUCAGGUUCGCCUGGAAAACAUAAAGCUCAAGAAUAAGAUCCAACGUUUUGAAUCCACUUUAAAGUCCAAAGAAGAAUUGUCCGAGGGCCUUCACCUCAUUGACUUUGAGCAGCUAAAGAUUGAGAACCAAACGUAUAAUGAGAAGAUCGAGGAGCGGAACGAGGAGCUGCUGAAACUCAGAAAGAAGAUAACUAACACGGUGCAGGUUCUCACCCACUUAAAAGAAAAACUCCAGAGUGUCCAGGCGGAAAAUCAAGAGAAGAGGGAGCGACUGAUGCAGGUGGAGGAAGUGGUGGCCCGCAAAAGGGACAUACUGACUAAAACCAAACAGGCGAGAGAUAGCUUGAGAAUAGAUAACCUGAAAUUAAAACAACAAUGUGGGCUGCUGGGCAACAAAACCCUCCUUAGAGAUUUUGAGGACAAAGUAGAUGCCACCGAAGAACUGCGCCAGAAGCUGGACGUUCUCAAGCGCAGACACGCCGAGCUUACUUUGGCCAGUAAAGGGGUGAUUAAAAAAAUAGAUGAGGCAAAGUUGGCUAUGAAAGAAAUCUAAAUGAGUUAUUCUGUGCAGAUAGAACUUCUUUCCAUAUCUCCCCAGCACCAGCGUGCCUCUUAUCUGUUAUGUUUGGUUUCAGAGCACUUUCUUCUUUCUAGGAGCGUAGGUUAUUCAUGUGAUGUCAAUAUAUGUUAAUAAUAUAUGAAUAUGGCACGAUAUGUAAGACAACAGCCACGGAUAAAGUCUUUUAUCAGAAUAAAAUCACAUUUCUUUCUCACUAUGUAUCUGGAUAGCUGUGUUUAUAUUCAGCACUGAAGACACUGUUUCCAUGGGACUGUA